AUAUGUUUUAUGAUGAAGAUUAUGGCUAAUCAGGGUAUAAAUGUAAUAUCUAGUAAGAGCACCGAGCCCGUCCAGUGAACAAUAUGACGCGGUUGGUGGUUUGCGUGCUAAUCCUCGCUGUCUCCCUGGCACAGGGAAGACAUGAGAAAUAUGAAGGGCAUCAGCUCUUCAGAGUUGCCAUUACCUCCGAAGAAUUAGGUAAAUUGGAAGCGCAUUUAGACAUCCUGUCAGCUACGCCCGCUACUAGGUCUGCUUCUGGAAAAAUUGAAGCUCUAGUCAGGCUAUCACCUGCCGAGAAACAGCAAUGGCUUCCCUACUUCAACCAAAGGAACAUGGCUUACACGAAGAUUAUCGACAAUCUUGCUGACAUUCUCCGUGAUGAGGAAGCUAAGGUCCAACGUGCCAGAUCCGCAGCUUCGCGCAGUUCACGCUUCAGUUUCGAAGUCUACCACAGACAUCAAGAGAUCAACGACUACCUGGACUCGCUAGCUAAACGGUACCCUAACCUUGUGACUGUCAUCAACGCAGCCUUGAGUUUCGAGGGCCGCCAGAUCAAAUACGUGAGAAUCUCAACAUCACGUUUCGAGAACCUUCGCAAGCCUGUCAUCAUCAUCGAUGCUGCAGCACACGCCAGAGAAUGGGUCACGCCUCCAGUGGCAUUGUACAUUAUCAACCAAUUAGUGGUAGAUAUUGUGGAUAGUAAUUUGCUGGAGUACAUCGACUGGAUCAUAAUCCCAGUUGUGAACCCAGAUGGAUACGAGUAUUCUUUCGAUGAGGACCGUAUGUGGCGUAAGACUCGUUCCAAAGCUCACCCAGGCAGCGACGAAUGCCCUGGAGUAGAUGUGAACCGCAACUUCGACCACCAUUGGGGCACAAGACCCGACAGCGCCAACCCUUGUGCUAUCGUCUUCGAAGGUCCCAGGCCGUUUUCUGAAGCUGAAACUAGGGUCGUCAGAGACGCGGUACUGCAGCACGUUGAUAGAACCGCCCUCUACAUUUCUAUACACAGUUAUGGAAACAUGUUCCUCUACGCUUGGGGAAACAACGGAACUCUACCGGACAACGGGUUGAUUCUCAACUUAGUUGGAGUACACAUGGCUGAAGCCAUCGACAAGCUGGCUUUAGACAAAGCCAAAAGGUACGUCGUGGGCAACGCCGCCCACGUCCUCGCCAAGACCUCAGGGACCUCCCGCGACUGGACUCGUGCAGUUGGAAUCCCCCUUACCUACACUCUAGAACUUCCCGGCUACGAGUACGGAUUCCUCGUGCCUCCAGAAUACGUCUGGCAAAUAGUCACCGAAACCUGGGCCGGUAUCGCAGCAGGAGCCAAUUACGUUUUGUAUAAUUGGUAAUUUAUUGUACGUAAAUAAAUGAUUUAUUUUUUA